CUCUUCAGAGAGGUACGGAUCAUGAAAGGCCUCAACCACCCAAAUAUCGGUAAGCAUCUCUGCUAUACUAAUCUUCCCAGCUUUCAGAGUGUAGUGCCGCAGGGCAUACCCGACCCCAGAACAUCAUCAGCCUAACACCCAUCCUCACGCAAUGUUCCCCUUUACUGUCAAAACAGCUGCUGAGCAGGAGUCAGGAUGAUAUGGACAAUAGUCCCCCAAUGAGCUCAAAAUAAUCCUCCUUUCCAGGGGGAUGCAGUCUCACUUAGGGACACCCAGACCCCCUCGCGAUGCACCUGUAAUGGCCAGAGGGUGUGUCCCAAAUAGCACCAUAUUCCCUAUGGGCUCUGAUAAAAAAUUGUGCACAUUAAAGGCAAUAGGGUGCAGUUGCUCAUGUAAAGCCAGGACAAGUAGACUACCUCCAUUUUUUAAUAAUGCACACAUUUAAUACUGCAUGCAGCUGAACCAUAAACUGUGCUGUACCAUACUGUUGUAUGUAUGCUCCCUCACGACGCCAGGACAGCGGAGUCACUCACCACCUUCCGGAGACAUUUGAAACCCCACCUCUUUAAGGAAUACCUGGGAUAGGAUAAAGUAAUCCUUCUACCCCCCCCCCCCCCCCCCCCCCCAAAAAAAUUGUAAAGUGGUUAUCCCACUGGCUAUAGGGUGAAUGCACCAAUUUGUGAGUCGCUCUGGAUAAGAGCGUCUGCUAAAUGACGUAAAUGUUCCCUUGAGCAAGGCACUUAACCCUAAUUGCUCCUGUAAGUCGCUCUGGAUAAGAGCGUCUGCUAAAUGACUAAAAUGUCUAAAAUGUAAAUGUUGUGCAUUUACAGCACAUCUCCCUGCUCUAAGGAACACACAGUAAAUCACAUUGUGCAUUAUGAACUGUGUGUAUGGUUUGUCUGUGCCACUGUACUGAGGUGUCUGUGUGUGUUUGUGUGUUACAGUGCAGCUGUUUGAGGUGAUCGAGACAGAGAAUACGCUCUAUCUAAUAAUGGAGUACGCCAGUGGGGGUGAGCAGAGUACCUCACCUUAAUCAGUAUCCCCACUCGCUCCUCCAUUUCUCUCUCUCUCAUCUCUUUUCUCUCCACCCUUCCCUCAUACUUUCCCUCUCCCCAGUACCUCUGACCCAUCGAUUUUCUUCUGACCGCCGUCCUCCCUGUCAUUUUCGCUCCCCUUUUUCUCUCUCUCGUUGCCCCUCUCUUUCUCUUUAUUUCUCUCUCUCCCUCCUUCUCUCUCUCUUUGUCAUCAUCGUCCUCUCACUCCUCAUCUUUUCAUUAGCCGGUCAAUGAUCACUCAGUAAAUGACCCAAAGUCAACCAUAAGGCCAGGGAUCACUGAGGUGAAUGAGGCCCUAUAGGCUCCAUAAUGAAGAUACUGAGCCCAGAUCAGUCUCAAUGUAAUAGUCCAUCUCACUUAUGAUGCUACUGCUGCGUAUGCUUCCCUUUGGCAUAGGGGGCGCCGUACUACUAUGGCUGAUAUGGUAUGUGACAAUAAAACAUUUAGAACAUAUUUUUUUAUAUUUUUUUGGUCUUCAUAUUCUUACAUUACAAUUUCUCCUCACUCGCUCACUUAAUGUGUGCAUCAUAGAAAUACAAUAUAAUGAUAUUGUAUGACUCUUAUAAAUACACUAUAUAUACAUCAUUGGUGUGCGGGUCAGCUGUUUCUUCACCCGCACCCGCCCGCAAUUGCUAAUAACCCAUCUGCAACCGGCCGACUAUGUGGUAAAGUGAAAAUCUGAGGCCCGCACCCAACCAUAAACCACAAAUAUAGAAAAUGUGCUGUACAGUCAGAGAUGGCGGAGCUAAACAUUUUUUUGACAGGCCUUUUUAGAUAGCUCUAUGUUUCUGCUUAUAAUUACUGAAAUUUUGGCAGGCUAUUUGUUAGUCAACUUCUAACUACUUCUAUAAUUAGAUAAAUGCAGCUUCUCUUCUGUCAUUACUUGUUGCGCUGGAAGACUAAAUAAACCCUGCUCACCAGAAUAAUGUCAUAAAUCGCUAGAAUGGAUGCUUCAAUCUAGUUGACAUCUGUAAAGUUUUUUUCUUUCAUCUCUGCUUCUAUUGGCCACUCGCCGGGGAGAAAAUGCAAUAAAUAUUAUUUUUUUUAAAGGGAAAUAUUUUCUGUGUCAAAUUUCCAAAUGACAUCAAUUUAACCGGUUUGAAGAAAAUGUAAAGCUGUGAAAAGUACCCAACAUGUUUCUGAUAAGAUUUAAGUUCGGCUUAGAUGCAUAUUUUAUGAGGUUGAAAUAGGCUACUAUCAGCUUUUAUGAUGCUGAUAAAGAUGGCACCUUUACAGAUGGUCCCUAACCGCACAUUCAUUCUCUCAAGAUGCUGAAAUAAAUAAAUGACAUUCCCGAGUCAAAAUGUACAUUUGGUGUAUAAUUUUACCUCAAGAAAUCCUUAAUUUAGCAAGAGUUCAUGUUAUAUUUGGCUAUGUGAGAGGUUAUAGACCUACAGUCUGUCCAGAUUUCUGGCUACUAUUCCAUUUAACCCAUCUGAACAGUAGUUCCCUUGAUGUGCCAUUUGGAAGUCCCCGUCUUGUGACUGUUGAAUUUGUAUAGCGCCUAACAAUCAUCACACAUAACAUAGCCGGCACUGCUAUCAUCCUCUUUACCAAAUCUUUCCCCAACAUUAGACUACUGUUCUGGCCCUCCCUUCUAUUUAUUGUCAACUCUCCAUUUCGCAGCUUUUCUCUUAUUGAAAUAAACUCCGCAUUGUCCUUUUUGCCUCAGUGGAUCGAAGUUAACUUUUUCUGCCGGCGAGCAUACAGUUAGACCCUAAAGCUAAGUCUGCACACUAACUCCAGAUAAAAGUAACAACAUUUAAACCUUAAUGUAGCCUACAGAUAUGAAUUGCACAAGAAGGAUAAAUGUAUUGAUUUUAUAUGCAUUUUCUCUUUCAUGACCAUUAACCCGCCCGCCCCGCGUAUAUAACCGUGGGGACUGCGGGUUAUGAGUCAACCCGUGCAUCACUAAUAUACGGUAUAGGUGCCUCAAUUACACACACUAUUCAACCAGACGGUGUUGUAAGCCUGAUUCUCUGUUUGUUGAUGCGGUUUGUCUCGCUCUCCCUCAGGUGAAGUGUUUGACUACCUCGUGUCCCAUGGCAGAAUGAAAGAGAAAGAGGCGCGGGCCAAAUUCCGUCAGGUGAGAUGUGACCAAAAAUGUAUAAUCACAACAAAACCCAGUGAAUGGUGUUGAUUUGGCCUGUAUUACAUUGCAAGCGUUAUUAUAAGCCUGUAUGUGUCAGUGUCUGUGUGUGGGUUUUUUACUGUGACUUGUCUCACUCCCCUUCCUUCUCUCUCUCGCUCUCUCUCUGUCUCUCUCCCCCCUCUCCCUCUCUCUCUAUAUAUAUCUAUCUAUCUAGAUUGUGUCUGCUGUCCACUACUGUCACCUGAAGAACAUUGUUCACAGGGACCUUAAAGUAUGUGACUUGUUCAGAUCUGAUGACAUGGGCCCUUUUUCACUGUCCAAAAUGACAACCACUCAUUGAUAUUAAGCAUAUCAAUAUCAAUACAUUAACGAAUGUGGAACACUGAUAAUCUCUUUCCUGAAAUGAGCAUACAAACUCAGCCUGAAUUGAACAAACUCUUGAUCCUUAAAGCUGCACUCUGCUAUCUUCACCUGUCUCUGCAGGCUGAGAACCUCUUGCUGGAUGCCGACUCCAACAUCAAGAUCGCAGACUUUGGCUUCAGUAACGAGUUCACCAUGGGCAACAAGCUGGACACGUUCUGUGGCUCCCCUCCCUAUGCCGCCCCGGAGCUGUUCCAGGGGAAGAAGUACGACGGGCCUGAGGUGGACAUCUGGAGCCUGGGGGUCAUCCUCUACACGCUGGUCAGCGGAUCACUGCCCUUCGACGGGCAGAACCUCAAGGCAAGCCCCCCCGCAGCGCAGCCAAAUGUCUUUUACUUUGGCUGAGUCCCAAAUGGCACUCUAUUCCCUAUAUAGGGCACUACUUUUGGUCCGGUCCCAUAUGGUGUGGUCAAAAGUUGUGCACUAUAUAGGGAAUAGGGUGCCAAAUGUGACGUUUUUGGUUACUAAUGCUGCCUGUUGUACUGAAGGGUUUUGUGCUGAUUAGUUCAUGUUCACAUUUUAUUUUCAUGUUCAGUUGAUCAAGAGAAGGGUCCCGUUGUCUUUUAGUCUAUUUGCCAUUAUUAUGCAUCAUGUUUUUGUGUAAUGUUAUAUAACGUUUUGUGCAUGUUAUCUGUAUGUGUUGUUCUCCAGGAGCUGCGGGAGCGUGUUCUGCGUGGGAAGUACCGCGUGCCCUUCUACAUGUCCACCGACUGCGAGGGCAUCCUGCGCAGGUUCCUGGUGCUCAACCCCACCAAACGCUGCACCCUGGAGGUGAGGAGGGCAACUGCAGGCGGCACUCAGCCAUACAGUACACACACACACACACACACACACACCCUGUUUGUGCCAUCUUUAACACAUCGUUUUAUCCCUCCUCAUUAGCAAAUCAUGAACGACAAGUGGAUUAACUCUGGCUACGACGGAGAAGAACUGAAGCCUCAUAUAGAGCCUGUGGAGGACCAUAAUGAUGCCAGCCGCAUCGGUGAAAUACCUCUAACUCCCCUCUACUCCCUACCUACAUAUCGUAUGCGUCCCAAAUGGCACCAUAUUCCAUAUUUAGUGCACUGGCCCCUAGUAGUAGUAGUGGUAGUAGUAUUAUUUUUAUUAUUAUUAUUUGGGACACACCCAUCCUCUUCUUUCUUUUAGCCUGUAUCUCUCUGUAACGUCCCUCAUCUCUCCGCUCGCCUUCAGAGGUGAUGGUGGGGAUGGGUUACACCCGUGACGACAUCAAAGACGCUCUGACCACUCGGAAGUACAACGAGGUCACCGCCACCUACCUCUUACUGGGACGCAUGAAUGAGGUGAGGCACAACGAGACGGUGUGGGUGGGUGGGUGAGAGAGAAAAUCCUUCAUCAUUAAGGCUUUAUGUGUUGCCUGUCUACCUUCCCAGUGUUCCCCCUGAAAUGUUGAGUUUUUUUUAGAUAUAUUUCUGCAGAGACACUCUUUUAAAGGGAUAGUGUGAGAUUUGGGGAAUUCAUUGCCAAAGUCUCGCGCUAUCCCUUUAAGAUCAGUAUAUUUGUAGCAAACAGAGCAAGCAGUGGUGGGAAUGAUAGCCAUGAGCGCAGAGCCACCGCUAGCUCCUCAUCAUCUCCCUGCAGUGCAGUGGCGCGCACCAGUUAUAUUUCAGAUGGUGUCAAAAUAAUUUAAUUUUCAUGCAUUUUGGAGUAGAAUGUCCUUUGAAAAAGUCACCAGAAGUGACCUCAGUUGUUCUACAAAGAAAAUCGCCCUCCGCUGCCUUUGCCACCGCUGCUAACACAAAUCCUAGGGGAACACCUGGCGUGCCGGUCUGCUACAAUACGUGUGUGUGCAUGCCUGUGUGUCCACACUGUCCACAGUCACCUGAGUCCUGAUCCUAACGUGUGUUUCUCUCUCUGUGUGUGUGUGUCAGGUGGAGGGCAUCGAGACUCGGUCAAUCAGCAGUCUGAGCCUGGCGCGGGUACGGCCCAGCACCGUCACCAACGGCACCAGUAAACACUCCACCUCCUCCACCACCUCCGCCUCGGCCUCCUCCUCCUCCCACAGCAAGACCACCCAGCGCAGCGCCUCCACCUACCACCCCCGCAGGAGGCACAGCGACUUCUGUGAGUGGGCUGUCUCUAAGGCUGCAUCCCAAAAUGCACCCUAUUCCCUAAAUGGUGCACUACAUUUGACUAGAGCCCAGAGCUCUGUUCAAAAGUAAUGCAGUAGUCAGUAGUAGUGCACUAUAAAGGGAAUAGGUAGUAGUUACUGUUGAUAUACAUUACUGUCUGUCCAUCUGGGAGUAUUAGGCUAUGUGUCAUAGGAGCUUGUCUAACCGUGACAUUACAUUAAUUAGUGUCUAACCUAACUACUGGGGCGUUUGUGAUCCAACUAGCUGUCCGUCACUACCUCCUCACUUGUGUUUAAAAUGGUUGUGAAGUAGGAUUUCCUUCCGUUCUGCCAAGUUUGAGAAUGUUUGCUUUGUGGGUAUCAGUGUGAGGUCACCAGUCACCGCUUUACAAGUGUGUGAGAUCUUCAUAAUUUGUGCAUUUCCCACUCAUGUCAGUCUAUAAUAUCAUAAGAUGCUGUUUAACCCAAACCAUUUACAGUAGUCCAUGCAGAAUUGUACGUAUGGGUGGCCCCAGCUGAAUUCCAACCCACAAUCUUGGUUUUACAAGUGCCUUGCUCCACCAACUGAGCCAAACAGGACCAGACUUUGAUUCUCAUGUUGUAUCCUCUGCCCUGUCUGUCUGUUGUGCAGGCGGUCCAGCAGCGCCCCCAUCCCACCCCAAGCGUAGCCCCAGCAGCGUGGCGGGGGCAGACAGGGAGCUGAAGGAGGAGGGGGGGCGCAUGGCAUCCCGGAAGGUCAGCAGCAGCGUGGUAGGCAGCCGCUCCAUCCAGCCCCCCUCCAGCCCCAUGGUGAGCAGCGCCAACAAUCCCAACAAGUCAGAGAUCCCCGACCGCCGCAAGGAGAUUAACACCGCCACGGUGAGCACACACACAUGCACAUAGGCCAUGUUCUAGGCUGACUACAUUGCAGCGUUCCAGGCUCACUACAUGUCAGCAAACCACAUCAUAUAAUAGAGUUAUCUGAUGCCAGACUGCACCGUUGAUGAAGUGGCACGCAACCAUUGAUCGGCCUACAACAUGACCUUACACAUAAUUAUACAAUAUAAACACGCACACACACAGGGAAAAGAGGGGUUCACACCAUCAAGAGGCAAUGUUACAAGCGAUAAAUGAAACUAAGAUCAGUGUGCGGGAGAAUGAACCAAUAAUACUUUGAAUAGAGAAUCUACAGAUGAAUGCUAAACUAAGAUGUGGACAGAGAGAAUAGAGAUUUAACGCUAGCGUAUAGGUCCAGAAACAGUAUAGGGAUGAACAACAAUAGCAACAGUGUGAAUGGAGAAUAUGGAGAUGAACCUAAGAUGAACCCUUUGAAGGGCUCAGAGGCACUCUGACAGGGUGGGCUGAGAGGGACAACAAGAGUUCAACACUGAUACUGUGGUUACGUUCCAAAUGGCACCCUAUUCCCUAAAGUGCACUCCUUUUGACCAGGACCCAUAAGUAGCGCACUAGAUAGGGAAUAGGGUGCAAUUUUAUUCAACGUAAUGUACUAUAAAGGGAAUAGGGUGCCAUUUGGGAUGCGUUCGCUGACAAUUUUGAUGUGGGGGGUGGACAUUAUCAGAGUCAGGGCUUUGAAUAGACAUAAACAUCCCUAGCAUUAUGUAACCAUUAGACAAUAACAUUAUAUGGAGGAGAGGAGGGAUAUAUGAUGGAUGCCUUUCUGAAUUUCACCAAAUCACAGUCAACGUGUUAUCUAUCCAACUGUCAUUCUCUCUGCCUUUCAGAACAACGUCCCAGCAAGUGCCAUGAUUCGACGGAACACGUACGUGUGCACCACGGACCGGAACAGCACAGAAAGGCCCUCCCUACUACAGAACGGAAAGGAGAACAGGUGAGCAGAGCGUUUGGGUUUCAUGUUUGUGUUUGAGUGUUGCACAUGUGCUUCUACAUUUGUUGACUCCUUGAGUAUAAUAGCAGGGAUAGUGUACAUUCACUUUCUCAACAUUGUGUGCAUACAUAACCUGUGUGUUUUGACUGUACUGUACUGUAGUGGUGUGUUUGUGUGUAUAACAUUCAUUACAUCUCUUGACUUAGGAGAUAAAGAGCUUACGUGGUGUGUCAGAAUGUGGUGGUUAUCAUGUGACCUGAAGUCCUAGCACUGGGGGAGGGGAAGGGUGGGGGUGGGGGGAAGGGUGGGGGUGGAGGGGGAAAGCAGGGGCUGGCAGUGUCCCAACUUGACCACCAACCGCCUCCUAGGCCGUGUCAAUGCAAUGCCACUCUAGAUGGGCUGACGGGACGCACGUGCUGGAGCACAUAGUUACACCACUGCAUACACACAAUGACAAAAUACACAAACCAACAAACUUGUAAACAUACACAAAUAAUCAUGCUCAUACAGACAUGCAUGCUGUCAUACAAUCACAUGAUACACACAGAAAUACAUGGUCAUAGUAAUCAUGCAUUACAUUCUACACAUUUUCAGUUCCUGCCCCUGGUCUCUUUUGCUUUGGGGCUCAGGUUGAGGGUAAGUGAUUAUGCUCUGAAACGGCUGCAAAUCAACAAAAGGACUCUGAUGUGUCUGCCCUACUCGGCCCCUCUCACUGUGUGUCUGUCUAUCAGAACUCUGGUUAUUUAGAGCGUUAAGUAAAGCAGCCCCAGGCCAACAGGGGCUCAGCCAGCCUAGCUAACCCAGCCAGUCAGGGAGAACUGUAGGGAGCGGGACAAGGGGACAAUGGGAGGGGGAGCUCUGCCAAGUGGAUGAAAGGAUGCAGGGUUAAGGGGACAUGGGGAAGGAGAGGUGGCUGCUGCUGGACGUCCACACGCCUCCAAGCAGAUGUCUGAAAGCUUCAUUUUCAGUCUGUCGCUCACCAUCUCUCCCUCAAGCCCUCUCUCUCUAUCUCCCCCUCUCUCUCUAUCUCUCUAUCUCACCCUCUCUCUCUACUCUCUAUCUCACCCUCUCUCUAUCUCUCACCCUCUCUCUCUCUCUCUCCCUCUCUCACCCUCUCUCUCUCAUCUCUCACCCUCUCUAUCUCUCACCAUCUCUCACCCUCUAUCUCUCAAUCUCUCUCUACUCACCUCUUUUCUCUCAUCUCACUCUCUCACCCUAUCUCUAAUCUCUCACCCUCUCUCUCUAUCCUCACCCCUCUCUCUCUACUCUCACCCUCCCUCUAUCCCCUCACCCUCUCUCUCUAUCUCUCACCCUCUCUCUCUACUCUCACCCUCUCUCUCUAUCUCUCACCCUCUCUCUCUAUCUCUCACCCUCUCUCUCUAUCUCUCACCCUCUCUCUCUAUCUCUCACCCUCUCUUUCUCUCUUUCCCUUUCUAUUUCUAUGCUCACUUUUCUUUUCUCACUUUUUACCAGCCUACCAGUCACACCCCUCCCACAUCCCCCUUUCCAGUCUGUCCUUCCCUCCUCCCUGAUCCCCCUCAGUCUGUUUCCACCAAAGGCCCAGGUCUGAUUUGGCCUCACCAGCCUUCUCUCUCUGUAUGAUGAAAGCCAAUACAAGUGGAAGCUCCUACAUUUACAUUUUCAUUUACAUUUUUGUCAUUUAGCAGACGUUCUUAUCCAGAGCGACUUACAAAUUGGUGCAUUCACCUUAUGAUAGCCAGUGGGACAACCACUUUACAAUAUAUCAACAAAAAACAUUUUUUGGUAGGGGGAGGGUAGAAGGAUUACUUUUAUCCUAUCCCAGGUAUUCCUUAAAGAGGUGGGGUUUCAAGUGUCUCCGGAAGGUGGUGAGUGACUCCGCUGUCCUGGCGUCAAGAGGGAGCUUGUUCCACCAUUGGGGUGCAAGAGCAGUGAACAGUUUUGACUGGGCUGAGCGGGAACUGUGCUUCCGCAGAGGUAGGGGGGCCAGCAGGCCAGAGGUGGAUGAACGCAAUGCCCUCGUUUGGGUGUAGGGACUGAUCAGAGCCUGAAGGUAAGGAGGUGCCAUUCCCCUCACAGCUCCGUAGGCAAGCACCAUGGUCUUGUAGCAGAUGCAAGCUUCAACUGGAAGCCAGUGUAGUGUGCGGAGGAGCGGGGUGACGUGAGAGAACUUGGGAAGGUUGAACACCAGACGGGCUGCAGCGUUCUGGAUUAGUUGUAGGGGUUUAAUGGCACAGGCAGGGAGCCCAGCCAACAGCGAGUUGCAGUAAUCCACUCCUACCCUGUGACUCAGCUCUGUAAAGGUUCACCAUCCCUUUGCCUUAACGCUCAACUAACUCCAGCUAAAGCCUUUCUGGCUCAGAUCGUUUGUCUCAAACGAUACAUUAGAACGGUGAUAUACCCUAUUUUCUUUUGUCAUACAUUAUGGACUGAUCACCUCACUGUUAAUGGUUGAGUGAUGGAUGAACGUGAUGAUGAUCUGAUUGAUUGUUUUGUCCUUUCUCCUCUCCUCUCUCAGCUCCAUGUCCCACCGGCUGCCCCCGGCCUCACCCUCCACCCACAGCAUCGCUGGGGCCUCGGGGACCUCCUCCUCUUCGGGCUCCCGCCUCACCCGGGGCUCCAGCAUCCGCAGCACCUUCCACGGGGGCCAGCUGAGGGACCGGCGGCCUCCCUCCCACGCUCCCCCCACCUCCCCCACUCUGUCCCACGACGCCAGCCCCCUGCCCCACGCACGUACCCGCGCCACCUCCAACCUGUUCAGCAAGCUCACCUCCAAGCUCACACGCAGGUAAGAGGAGAGUGAAGGGAGUGUGAGGAAGCCCUGAGCUUUAGCCCCCCAGGAUAGUGACGCCAACACUUCUAGGCUAGUCCAUAGUGAGGGUAGAAUUCUUAGCUUGAACCCCAUUGACUGGAUAUUUAAGUGAAGGAAUUUCAGUAGAAACAUCAGAAGUGUAAGCAAUCCUAGUCUAAACAGCUGAAAGGGACAGGCAGCAUGAAAUUGGGAGGAUUCUAAUAGACGUUAGUUCUAAUUAUAUGAUGCUGUGCGCAACAUCUUUGUUAGCGAAGCCCAGUAAACUACUCAUCUGUGUGCAUUGAUGAAGACAAUCAACUUUAGUCUAGAUAGCAGGCCUGAACCAAAAGUGAAAAUAAAUGUUAAUUCAGGCAUAUGACCAUGAAAUAGCACCCUAAAUUAGACUAGCGUGUAGUAGAGGCCUUUACAACAAGUUGGACCCGUUCUGAAAUGGACUUGGGGCUUUCCAAUCCAGACCCGAUAUGCAUAAAUACAUUUUUCAAAUAGAGACCCGUUCCGAACAGACCCGAGGACAACUAGACCCGUUCCGUAUAGACCUGGUCGGAUCCAGACCCGGUCCGAUCCGAGUGAGAGAAGCAGCAGAAAAGUCCAUUUUUAAUCUACUUUAUUAACCGGAACUGAUAAAGCGUGAGGGAGAGGAGGUAGAGAGAGGUGACGCUCUAGCAGGGGCCGUGCUGUGUGUUUAGGCUACUGUGAGUGUGAGCGAGUGACACAGGAACGGAGGAGGGAGGGAGAGGAGAGAGAAGGCAACCAACCGAGCCAACUCGCGCUGUAGUAGACUAAUAGCUGCCGUAGCUAGGUUAUUUAUCAUCCAAUAUGUUUACGUAGUACCUGUCUUGACUGCAUCAAACCGGGAGAAGCUAGUUAAGCUAGCUAGCUAGCAGCUAGCUAGGCUAAUUGAUGCUGCAUGCUCUUUCUCGUCCUACAGUUGCAAAGAACAACAACUGACUUCAUUCAGAAUAUAAAGUAGCAGCCUACCUGUUGUCUCUUGGUCGUUGUAGCCUAUCCUUCUCCUUUAACUUUUAAUUCCAUCAUUUUAAUUCCAUCUUCCAUUGAUUAGAUAUGUGUUAACCUUCGUACUACACAGAGGCUCUAUGACUAUAGCCUAUUGCCACUUUGAUGACUUAUGAUUGACCAACAACAAGCUUACACGUGCCCCUCUCGUGAAAAGCAAAGAGUAGCAGUAUAAAUUAUGCAAUUACUGCAGCAGUCGCGUUUGGAUCUGUAUGGGUCCUUCUGGACAAGUCAGUUAAAAUUACACAUACCCGUGACAAUCAUAUCAGAUCCGACCCAGACCCGUGACAUUAUUUAGAAUUCUGGAUCCAGAACUGCUCGGGUCCUGGAUCGGGUCUCGGGUAUUCGGAUCCGUGAAGAACUCUAGCGUGUAGGCUACAGUGUUAGAUGGUGUGUUAAGGACAAGCCAGUUGGGCUUUGUGUGCCCUCCUCUACAGUAGCCUAAGACAGGUGACAGUGACUCUUGCAGUGAUACUUGGAACCCUUUCUCAAUUUGGAGGGCAUUCGUCUUAGCCCUAGAGAGACAGUAAGGUGUGUGUGUGUUUCUGGCCAUCGGUACUCAGACUUACACUGCUGGAGGGUCCGAAAUGCUUCUUACGUCCCCCUCUCUCACUCUCUCCUUAAUCUGCUUUGACUUUCCUCAGGCUUACUUCCUCCUCUAUUAACCACAGGCUUCAAACCCCCACUUACCCACUUCACAUCUCCCUACUAAACUCUCUCUCUCUCUCUCUCUCUCUCUCUCUCUCUCUUGGUCUUGGCUGUUUUUUGGGGAGGUGCUUCAUGUUUUGUUUGUUUCUUAACUACUUUACUCUUCCUUGUUAACUUUACGUUUCCUUGCCAAUCAGCUGCAAUCUUUUAUCCUUCUUUUUUCCCCUUUAUCCAUAUCUCUUUCUCUGUCUUUCUUUCUUUGUCUCUCUCGUUCUCUUUGUUUCUCUCUCUUCUUCCUCGUAGGGUCAAUCUUGACCCCUCUAAGCGUCCGAACUCAAACAAGUCCGUCUCGGGCUGCACUCUUCCGCAGGGAUCAAAAACAGUUAGUAAGUUCUUCUUCCCAUGUUUCUGGCUCCUUCGCUCUGUCUGUCUGCCUGUCCGUCUGUCUGCCAGCACCUCCAACCCCAACCCCUCACCCACUCCCCUCUCAUUCUGUGUGCGCCCUGUCUGUUGUCUGGGUUCAGUACAAGAGCGCGCCCUAGAGGCCACAGGUGACACAGCAUACCCUUGACAACAACAGAACAACAGCCAGCAAGGACCCUGCUUUCCAAAGGCUUUUAAAAUGCGCACAGACGUGUAGUACUUGAUGUAGGAGCAGUUUGGAUCCACUAUACAUUCUUCUUGUAUUUUCAGUUCAAUUAAAGGCAGUUGGUUAAUGGAUUUAUUAUUGUAUGGAUAUCUACCAACUGAUUGUAGCAUUUUAAAACAAUAAUACCUUUGAAAAUCAAAGGGGUCUGAUGUGACUUUGGACUCUCUGGGCUGUUCUUUACCUUCUCCUAAAGCUUCAGGGUGCACCUCACCCUAAUGACCUCACCACUCAUUGUGCAGUUGUGUGUCGUCCAGUUGUACUUUUGAUGACGAUUGUAAGAUGGUGACUCAUUUAAUGAACCCCAUAUAUUCCUCGCAUUGUUAGAACGUCAUCAGUCCCAGAGCAAGUACUGUGAAGCUGUUUCAGUGUUUUUGGUUUAGUCUACCUACCUCUUUGCCACAAAACAACGCUAUCACAAGGCCAAGGAGGUACAGAUUGGAGGGGGUGGCGGUUUUGUUUGUAAGAAGCUGCUGCCAUGCGUCCUUAGCAUCGCUGACACUUUAAACCAGGAUUAGUUGCGUAAUAGAGCCUUUAUCCCCGCUCUUAACGGGAUCCCCUUCACAGUCCCAGCCAGAGGCACAGGCUUGUCAGUCCUUAUCCCCCCUCUCCAAUCCACUCCACUCCCCAUGGGCUCCACUCACUCCCUCUCUCCCAGAGAGAUUUGACCUAACAUGGCAGCCCAGACGCUAUCCCACUGGCAGGUUUGUUUUAAGACACUCAACAGCUCAGAUCUCUCCCUUAUGCUGUUAGAUGGAGAUUUUAUAGAAGGAAAGCUCUAAUUCUUUCAAGACACGCCCAGUUCCUGGAAUGGCAUUUGGGUUGCCAGGUUUGUGGGGACGGCAUUUGAAAUGGGAAGGUUACGCACAUGGGCGACACUCUUUGUGGUGCUUGAACAGCAGCGCCCCCUUGUGUGUGUUAGUUGGAUGUGUAAUGGGACAUCUCAAAACCUGUCCAUACUUUAGUAGUAGUAGUCAUUGGGCGAACACCAUGUGCUUUCAUAUGCUUUUUGUCCGAAUUAAUGGAAUACAUGUUCUACAAACCCACUUAAAAUCCAUCACAGCACACGUUAGAAUUAUCCAGUUAUGUUACGCAUUGCAAGCACUAGCAGCUUUGUAGUCUCUUGGCAGACACCCGAACCUGCCCCAAGCCCUUCCCUCUAAAAUAACACUUCUAGUGUGGCUUCAAAGUGUAUGUUUUUUUUUUAUUUUAUUUCAUUUAAUUUCCUUGCAUUUCGGAAUGUUGAUGUCACUCUGGCUCUGAUGAAUUGAUGGUGUUGUUGUUAAGUUGGUGUUGUGGUUGAUGUUGCCUUGCUGAAGGAAGGAUGGGAACAGGAAGAGGAGGGAACAAGGGAUAUUUCUCUAUUGGCUGAUUCAUUCCUAACACGCACCUUUGUCUUCCUCUUGAGGGUCACAGACGAACCUGAGAGAGUCUGCAGAUCUCCGGUCACAAGGUGAGUGUCUACAAUACAGUAUGUCCCACUGUGAUGAGAACCUCUUUAAUUACUGGCCCAAGAUCAGUUUCCCCAAAUCCAGUUGUAACCACAUUCAUUAUGAUCACACAAUGCAAAACCGAUCCCAGACCAGUUAGAUAGUUGUGACGGAUAUCAAUCAAAGACAUUCUCUAUCACUCCAUGUCUGCCCACUAUUGGGCAGUAUGGCAGCUCCAGGACCAGUAGUUACUAAAGGCAUUUCUAUUCUCUCCCUCACACUGUAGCCUCGGCUGCACAGUCUCUGGUCAAACAGUCUCUGGUUAAAACCAGCAGGUAAAGCUCAGAGCGUGGGUCAAUGCAGCAUUAGCUCUAAAUGCCCUUGGUGUGACUCGUAGAUAGUAGAUGUGGUACCCUGUGCUAGAUGCCUGUGAGUGAGUGCCUCUAAUUAUUUUCUGAAGUAGGAACCUUGUGUGUUUUUUCAAGUAGGUUCCUCAGUGUGUGAUAUUAACAAUUUAAACUCCCCAACCUUUGACAUUAACCUCAUUCUCACAUACUCAAAUGAUUUUAAUAAAUGAAUACCUAUAAUUAUGUAGACAUGCAGAAUACUUACAGAGCUUCCACUACAAAACUUCCAGUCUUAGUUGUGUUGUGUUGGUGGUGUGUGCGUAUAGUUGGUAAGUCAUGCUGUUGAACUAUUACCUAUGUUUCCAAGAGUAGUACGAGUACUAGUGUUUGGUAUCUUGGCUAUGUCCACCCCUAAACCUACACCUUCCUACACAGCAGAUGUGUUUUUGCUAGCGUGUGACUUAGCAAAGUAAGAUGCCACUGCAAGCUGAUUCUGUGACCCACCAGGACAGCAUUCCAAAUAAACAUUUCUGCUUUGAAAUGUAAAUCAAUGCCAACUUCAAUUAGCUGUGCAAACCACCAGGGUUGGGUUUAAUUCCAUUUCAAUUCAGGAAGUACACUGAAAUUCCAAUUCUCUUCAAUGCUUUUCAAUUAGGAAAAUGUUGAAUUAGAAUUGGAAUUUGGUUUACUUUCUGAACUUUUGACUAGAUUGAAAAGGAAUUGAUCACAACCCUGCAAACCACAGACACCUCCAGAAAUAAUAAUGUAAUGACCUGAAUAUACAGUGCAUUCAGAAAGUAUUCAAACCCCUUACAUUUUCCACAUUUUGUUAUGUUAAAAUUGAUUAAUAAAUGUUUUUCCUCAUAAAUCUACACACAAUACCCCAUAAUGACAAAGUGAACAGAGGUUUUUAAUUCUUGCAAAUUUAUUAAAACAGAAAUACCUUAUUUAUGUAAGUAUUCAGACCCUUUGCUAUGAGACUCGAAAUUGAGCUCAAGUGCAUCCUGUUUCCAUUGAUCAUCCUUGAUAUUUUUCUACAGCUUGAUUUGAGUCCACCUGUGGUAAAUUCAAUUGAUUGGACAUGAUUUGGAAAGGCACACACCUGUCUAUAUAAGGUCUGACAGUUGACAGUGCAUGUCAGAGCAAAAACCAAGCCAUGAGGUCAAAGGAAUUGUCCGUAGAGCUCCGAGACAGGAUUGUGUCAAGGCACAGAUCUGGGGAAGGGUACCAAACAAUUUCUGCAGCAUUGAAGGUCCCCAAGAACACAGUGGCCUCCAUCAUUCUUAAAUGGAAGAAGUUUGGAACCACCAAGACUAUUCCUAGAGCUGGCCGCCCGGCCAAACUGAGCAAUCUGGGGAGAAGGGCCUUGGUCAGGGAGGUGACCAAGAACCCGAUGGUCACUCUGACAGAGCUCCAGAGUUUCUCUGUGGAGAUGGGAGAACCUUCAGAAGGACAACCAUCUCUGCAGCACUCCACCAAUCAGGCCUUUAUGGUAGAGUGGCCAGACGGAAGCCACUCCUCAGUAAAAGGCACAUCACAGCCCGCUUGGUUUGCCAAAAGGCACCUAAAGGACUCUGACCAUGAGCAACAAGAUUCUCUGGUCUGAUGAAACCAAGAUUGAACUCUUUGGUCUGAAUGCCAAGCGUCACGUCUAGAAGAAACCUGGCACCAUCCCUACGGUGAAGUAUGGUGGUUGCAGCAUCAUGCAGUGGGGUUGUUUUUCAGCGGCAGGGACUAGGAGACUAGUCAGGAUUUUGAGGGAAAGAUGAACGGAGCAGACUGGGGUGAAGGUUCACCUUCCAACAGGACAACGACCCUAAGCACACAGCCAAGACAACGCAGGGGUGGCUUCGGGACAAGUCUCUGAAUGUCCUUGAGUGACCCAGCCAGAUCCCGUACUUGAACCUGAUGAUCGAUCAUCUCUGGAGAGACCUGAAUAUAGCUGUGCAACGACGCUCCCCAUCCAACCUGUCAGAGCUUGAGAGGAUCUGCAGAGAAGAAUGGGAGAAACUCCCCAAAUACAGGUGUGCCAAGCUUGUAGCGUCAUACCCAAGAAGACUCAAGGCUGUAAUCGCUGCCAAAGGUGCUUCAACAAAGUACUGAGUAAGGGUCUGAAUACUUAUGUAAAUGUGAUAUUUCAGUUUUUCAUUUUUUAUAAAUUUGCAAACAUUUCUAAAAACCUGUUUUAGCGCUGUUAUAAUGGGGUAUUGUGUGUAGAUUGAUGACAUAUUUUUUUUAACCCAUUUUUGAAUAAGGCUGUAGCGUAACAAAAUGUAGAAAAAGUAAAGGGGUCUUAAUACUUUCCGAUUGCACCAUGCAUACAGUUCAGAUCAUUGAGUGGGGCAUGACUGUAGCCUGGUCUAAUGAAUGAGGUAUGAUGGUGCAGCAUUACUUAGAAUAUUGUUGCCUUGAAGAACACGCGUCCUCAAAAAGGUAAAAUUGUGUUGUUGACUUGCCUAACUUUGUUGCUUCCUAAUAUUCUAUUUUAUUGCACUGCGGUAUCCUCUGAAUUGUGCACCACAGAUAUAUUUUUCUAGAAUUGUCUAAUUUAUGGCAGCAUUUUAAGAUGGCAAUGUAUUGUGGAUGCUACAUCCACUCUUCAGUGAAGACUGUUAAAAACAUUUUAUAUACUUUCAUUUCUAUUGGCCUUGUUAUCUAUUUUAAUGGAUUUUAAUGGAUUUCUAUUGAUACAUUUUAAGAGUUGUGGCUGUUAAACCAAACCAUAUAUGAUACUAAUCUAUUUCUCCCCUGUCCCCCUCUUCCCUUCCACUCACCCACAUGAAUGCAUCGUCUCACCCACACGCCACCUGCAUCCUCUUCUGUCAUUCAAUCUUUCACCCCCAAUCACUCCCCCACUCCCACCCACCCAUGCCUCACUCACUUUGCCCCUGCAGUCGCCAUCUACCUGGGCAUCAAAAAGCGGCAGAGCCCCGGACCCCCCGAUGCGGCUGGGAUGUGAGGGUGCGGAGCCCGCGGGACCCGGCGGAGGUGGUGCUGGCGCUGCGCGAGGCGGCUCAGGGCUGCGGCUGCCAGGUCCACCUGGCUGGGCCCUUCCUGCUCUCCUGCACCCACGGGGCGGCUGGCUCACGCGUGGCCUUCGAGGCUGAGGUGUGCCAGCUGCCCGCCGGCCCCGCUGAGACCAGCGGCGUGCGCUUCAAACGCCUGUGGGGGGCGCCGCUCGCCUUCCGGGACAUUGCCACAAAAGUGUCCAAGGAGCUGGAGCUCUGAGGGCGACAGGGGGUGGGGCAGAGGGCUUCUACACUGGACAGACUGACCAAGGGGGCGGGAGAAGGAGACGGGCAGAACCCGC